CAUUCGCGCCGGUCUACGUUGCUCUGAAAUCAUAUAAAACCAGGUCUUCGUCCUCCCAGUCCACCAUCCUUUUCCCAAAUACAAAUUCAAGCUUUAACGUUUCUUUGCGCGUUAACGGCUUUCUUUAAUCGAUCCUGCUUCAUUUUCGUGCUGAAUCUUUAGUUAUUCUUCUUCCUCAGCACACUUUCUGUUAAGGUUUUACUGCCAAUUCUUAAGUGUACGCCGUCAGUACAUUAAUUUCAACGAAAACAGUUCUGUUUCUUUUUUCGUUCACUUUUAAACACACGUUUUUGUGCAGUAUCUGUACAUUAGAUUCUUUGACAGCACCGAUCCGGUUGAAUUGAGUGCUUAUUUCGCGUCUUUCUCGCCUCAAUCGCUUUAUAAUUCUUUAAUUUUCGUCUCAAGGUGAAAUUUCACUUGAUUCAUCUUUCUCUUUCUACAGUUUUUUUUCCUUACUAGACACAAUGCCUGCUGCUACUUUGAGAGAAAUUCCCGCCGUCAAGAUCGAGCUUCCUAACGGUCUUACGGUUGAUCAACCUGUUGGUCUCUUUAUCAACAACAAGUUUGUUGACUCUGCUGCCGGCGGUCGCAUCGAGGUGAUCGACCCUGCCACGGAGAAGCAUCUUUGCGAUGUCGUCGAGGCUCGUGAGGAGGACAUUGACGUUGCCGUUGCUGCCGCUCGUGCCGCAUUCCACCCUGACGCUCCCUGGCGCAAGUUCUCGUCUGCCCAGAGAGGUCGCUGCUUGUCCUUGUUGGCUGACAAGGUGUACGAGCACUUGGAGUUGCUUGCCUCUGUCGAGACCGUCGACAAUGGCAAGAGUAUCACUCUUGCCCGUGGCGACGUUCGUUCUGCUGCUGAAUGUAUUCGUUACUACGGUGGUUGGGCCGACAAGGAGUACGGCCAGACCAUUGAGACCGACACUACUCGUUUCGCUUACACCCGCCACGAGCCCAUUGGUGUCUGUGCCCAGGUGAUUCCCUGGAACUUCCCCAUUCUCAUGUUUGCAUGGAAGAUCGCUCCCGCUUUGGCCUGCGGUAACACUGUUGUGUUGAAGACUGCCGAGCAGACGCCUCUGUCCGCUCUCAUGUUGACCUCCUUCAUUGAGGAGUGUGGCUUCCCUGCCGGUGUGAUCAACGUUGUUUCUGGCUACGGUAAGCACGCUGGUGCCGCUCUUUCUGCUCACAUGGAUGUCGACAAGAUCGCGUUCACUGGUUCCACUGGUGUCGGUCGUAUGAUUAUGCGUGCUGCCGCUGCUUCCAACUUGAAGAUGUGUACUUUGGAGCUCGGUGGAAAGUCGCCCAACAUUGUGUUUGACGAUGCUGAUUUGGACAAGGCUGUGGCUUGGACUAACUACGGUAUCUUCUACAACCAAGGUCAAGUCUGCUGUGCCGGUAGCCGUCUGUACGUGCAAGAGGGUAUCUACGACGAGUUUGUGAAGCGCAUGGUCGCCAAGGCCAAGACUCUUAAGGUUGGCAACCCUUUCGAUGAGGACACCUUCCAAGGUGCUCAAGUGAGCAAGGCUCAGUACGAGCGUAUCCUCAGCUACAUUGACCUGGGUCUGGAGCACGGUGCCAAGUUGGAGAUUGGUGGCAAGCGCCAUGGUGACCGUGGUUACUUCAUUGAACCCACUAUUCUCUCCAACGUCACUGAGGAGAUGGCCGUCGGCAAGGAGGAAAUCUUCGGUCCCGUCGUUGCCAUCAUCAAGUUCAAGACUAUCGAGGAGGCUAUUCGUCGUGCCAACAACACUUCGUUUGGUCUUGCUUCUGGUGUCCACACCCGCAGCAUCGAUACCGCCUUGCAAGUCAGCAACGCUCUUCAGGCUGGUACUGUUUGGGUCAACUGCUACAACGUUCUUCACCACCAAAUUCCUUUCGGAGGCUACAAGGAGAGUGGUAUUGGUCGCGAGCUGGGCUCGUACGGUCUUAGCAACUACACUCAGACAAAGGCUGUUCACAUCAACACUGGUAUGAACCUUCCUCUCUAAGCGUAUCGUGCGAGCGUCUGUUUGCGUCGCUGGCGUGAACGGCUUUUAUGAAAAUAUUGGGAUAUGAUGGUGAUGGAGACACAAUCUUUCAUUCUCCUUCAUCGUUCAUGGUGAUGACAGGUGUUCUAUUAUCAUAUACGGUUUAUUGUUUCGUUUGGUAUGAAUUGAAUCAAAAUUUAUUGUUACGACGAA